AUGACGAUGCCUAAAAGUCAAGAUGACUGGUCCAAGGAAGACAUUGUGCAGUUAUUGGAAUGUAUGGAGAAAAACAUUCCAUCCAAUGAUAGGCACACAUUCAAAAAAACUCAGUCAGUGAUGGACUGGGGUAAAGUAGCUUUUAAAGAUUUUUCUGGGGAAAUGUGCAAACUCAAAUGGUUAGAGGUUUCUUAUAACUUGAGAAAGUUUCGCACUUUGAAAGAACUAGUCCUGGAAGCUAAGGAAAAUGUUAACAACUCCAAAAGCAGAAAACACAAGAAACAUCCUGAUCUACCUAAGAAGCCCCUGACAGCUUACCUCCGCUUUUUUAAAGAGAUGAGACCUCAGUACCUCCAAAAACACCCCAAGAUAAGCAACCAGGAGCUGACCAAGGUUCUGGCUGAGGAAUACAGGAAGCUGCCGGAACAGAUCAAGCUGAAAUACAGUCAAAAUUUCCAGAAAGAGAAACAGGAGUUUCAGGAGAAAAUGGCCCUGUUCAGAGAACAGCACCCUGAUCUAGUCCAGAACUCCAAGAAACCUGAUGUCCCCAAAGGAAGUCAAAGCAAAGUGCCAAAGAAGUUUCAGGAAAAUGUGCAAAAAGUAAAGUCUCCUUCAAAAAACAAAUUAUCCAUGGAAAGGAAAUUCCAGGGAGAGCCCAAGAAGCCCCCGAUGAAUGGCUAUCACAAGUUCCACCAGGAUCUCUGGUCGAGCAGGGAGCUGAAAGUGGUGGCCCCAAGGGAGCACAUGGUGGAGAUCAGUAGACGCUGGCAGCGGGUCCCCCAGGACCAGAAGGAGCUUUAUAAGAAGCAGGCGGAGGAACUGCAGACACAGUACAAGGUGGACCUUGAUCUCUGGCUCAGGACUCUGUCUCCUGAAGAAUACACUGCCUACAGAGAGGCGACCUGUGCUAAGCGUAAGAACAUGAGCGUGACGGAGGACCCAAACCCGAAGAUUAGAAGGAUGGAUCUGCAGUCCCCAUCAUCAGGGAAUCUGCAAGGAAGGCUUAGAGAGGACCCGGGGCUUCAGGUUGCAGAGUUAGCAUCAUCAGACACGAUUGGAGAACAUUCUCCUGCCUCAGGGAGAUCAGAAGAAAAUGAGGAAGAUGCAGAGGAGGAUGCCACUAACUCCUCAGGCCAGUGCAGAGAAGAUGAAGACUGUGAAUUUGAAAGCAGUGGGGAUGAAGAUGAAGAUUGUGAUGGUGAGAGCACUGUCUCUAACUCACCUUCCUAA